AUGGCUGCUCUACUGGGUCAGAGGAAGCGACCUAGUCUAACCUUGGAGAUGAAGCAGUUAGAGGAGUUGUGGCAGAUGGAGAGGUCUUGCUCUAUUUGGAAACGUCAGGCAGGGCUGGCUUCAGGAUCUUGGUUUGUUUUUGAUGUGAACAAAAACCUUCAUUAUGAUCUCUCCAUAGGUGCAGACUUACCACGGCCCCAGGCUUAUGUCAUCAAUGGCCAACCCGGAGCUUUUUUUAAUUGUUCUAAUGACGAAACAACAUUUCGGAUGAGUGUUGAUUAUGGCAAAACCUAUCUUCUCCGCAUAAUCAACGCAGCUGUGAACUCUGAAUUUUUCUUUGCAAUUGCUGAACACAAUGUCACGGUUGUUGGAAUGGAUGGGAACUACCUCAAGCCCAUAUCCACAGCAAAUGUGGCGAUAUCCCCAGGGCAAACCAUGAAUGUCCUACUCACGGAAAAUCAGCCCCUUGGUCACUACUACAUGGCUGCUAGACAAUUUGUUUCUGCAGGUUAUUCUGACAUUGAAAAUGUUACCACGGCAGUUAUAGAAUACAGAGGCAACUAUACUGCCCCGUCUACCCCUAUCUUCCCAUCCAACCUUCCUUUGCACAGAGACAUUGAGGCAGGAAAUGGAUUCUUGUCUCGCUUAAGGAGCUUAGCCAACAAAGAACACCCUAUAUCUGUGCCACAAAACAUAAGUCACCCUAUGUUUGUGGUUGUUUCUGAGAAAGAGAUCGUUUGCCCAAAUAGUUCAUGUGCGUCAAUGCAUGGGAAUAGGAUUAGUUCAGCCACGAACAACAUAACCUUUCAGAACCCAACUACAGAUAUACUGCUUGCUUACUACCGGAACAUAAGUGGGAUUUAUGAAACUGAUUUUCCUGAUUAUCCGAAGUGGUUUUAUAACUUUACAAGUGAUGAUUUGCCAAAUAACACUGUGAUACCAACCAUAGGAACCAAGGUGAGGAUGUUUAAUUUUAACGAAACAGUGGAGAUAGUGUUUCAAGGGACCUGUUAA